AUGCGCCAAAUUUCAAAGAAAGCAUGUUGUUCCAUUUCCAACAUUGGUGGCUUGUUGGUGAAUGUUUCAUUUUCAAUAUUGGUGGCUGUUACAUUUUCCACAUUGGUGGCUUCUUUUCAACACCUACAAUUGUAUAUUCUAUCAAGUCGUUAUAGCGAUGUUUCGACCUUAUCUGAUCGAGGUCCUAUCUACAACAAACUCACCGGCCCGAUCCGCGGCCUCCCGCCGAACCUGAACGAGCUGGCCCUGAAGUCCAACUCGCUCUCCGGCCCGCUUGGACGGAACGAGUUCUCCGGGUUGACCCGGCUCGUGGUUGCCGAACUCAGCGAGAACUCGCUCACCGGGGAAGUGGGGUCAUGGUUCUUCCUACUCCCCGCCCUGCAGCAGGCCGAUCUGGCUGGGAACCAGUUCACGGCGGUCAACGUCGCGAAGCCGCCGCCGGCGAGCGAGCUCGUGGCCGUCGAUCUGAGCUACAACCAGAUCGAGGGGCUCCUGACGGAGAACUUCUCGGAGUACCCGGCGCUGCGGUCGCUAUCGCUCAGGUACAACCGGCUACGGGGGCCGAUCCCGGGGCGGUAUGGCGGGAGGGGGUCACCCCUGCGGCGGCUGUACCUCGACGGGAACUACCUGAACGGGUCGCCGCCGGAGGCAUUUUUCUCCGGAGGGGGACUGGAUUCCGGAAGCCUGGGGGACAACUGCCUGGAGAGGUGUCCAGCGAGGUCGGGGCUCUGCCUGAAAUCGCAGAAGCCGGCGGCGAUUUGCCGACAGGCCUACGGUGGGAAGCCAAAAUCUUGA